CAGGUAUGGUAAUGUUUUAAAAUAUAUAUAUUAACGGUAAUUAAAAAACAGCACUAGCGUUCCCCAUCAAAAGUCCAAAAACUGUCGUUGUGUAGUCAAAACAUCUUUUGACUUAAUCUGACAUCUUAACGACUUGAGCCAAAUUUUUGUUGUGCACGUGAAGAUACAAUUGCAAAUGAUUCACGACCUUGCGCUAGAACAUCAGGAUACCGUUAGGGUAUGUGACUGUCUUGAGGGUCGCUCCCAGUGAGCUAAGACCCAUCCCGCAAAGCCGAGGAGACGGGGCGCCCGGGCUGCCCCGCACACGAGGGCUCGGCGAGCUCCGCCGCCCUGGCUGGAGCCUGCGGUGUUGGGUUCUCGCGCGGUCAGGUGUCGCCGGGGGCAGGCGCAGUUAUUUAUGACUGUGGGGUUGGGCUGGGAGUGCGUAGCGGAGGAGCAGCUGGGAUCCACCCUACCCUGCAGGCUCUUCCCGGCCCGAGACCCCCAGGCCCCCGCUGCGAGGCUGCCGGGAGGGCACCCCAGGCCCCCGGUUUGCAGGGGUCGUUCUCUGACAGCCGCGAACCUCCGCGCACCGACUUCUCGCGAGGUUUCGGAGCCCCCCUCCACCCCGCGCCGCCCCCUCCUAGCUCUGGUGCGGGCGGCUCCCGCUAUGGCUGCGCUGCGGAGGCUCUUGUGGCCGCCGCCGCGGCUCCCGCCUCCGCCCUCCGCUCACCAGCCCUUCCCCGGGCCGUGGGGGCGGCCUGCGGGGAUCGCCCCGGGCCCACCCGGCCGGCCCUUCUCUCGCCGGGAGGAGGAAGAGGGGGCUGUGGCUGAGGCGGCGUGGAGGCGGCGGCGGCGCUGGGGGGAGCUGAGCAUCGCGGCGGCUGCCGGCGGGGGUCUGGUCGGCCUCGUGUGCUACCAGCUGUAUGGGGACCCCAAGGUCGACUCCACGCGGGCGCCGGCCCCCGGGCGCCCCUUCGAGAGCGCAGCCCCUGAGCCGGAGGACCCACCCCGCGGCCGGGGGCUGCUUCCCAUCCCGGUCACGGCUGCCAAGGAAACGGUUGCUAUAGGCAGAACAGACAUUGAAGACUUAGACCUCUAUGCUACAUCUCGGGAAAGGCGAUUUCGUUUGUUUGCUUCUAUAGAAUGUGAAGGGCAAUUAUUCAUGACUCCAUAUGAUUUUAUUUUGGCUGUUACAACAGAUGAGCCCAAAUUUGCUAAAACGUGGAAGUCACUUUCCAAACAGGAAUUAAAUCAAAUGCUCUCAGGAACACCACCAGUUUGGAAAGGAUCAUCAAAGUUAUUUCGUAAUCUCAAAGAAAGAGGUGUGAUUUCUUACACAGAAUAUCUUUUCCUUUUAUGUAUUUUAACAAAGCCACAUGCAGGUUUUAGAAUAGCUUUCAACAUGUUUGACACUGAUGGCAAUGAGAUGGUGGAUAAAAAGGAGUUUCUGGUGCUUCAAGAGAUAUUCAGGAAAAAAAAUGAAAAGAGAGAAACUAAAGGUGAUGAAGAAAAGCGUGCAAUGCUGCGUCUUCAACUUUAUGGAUACCAUUCUCCUACUAAUAGUGUACUUAAAACAGAUGCUGAGGAACAUGUCUCCAGAAGCUAUUGGGACACACUGAGACGUAAUACAAGCCAAGCACUCUUUUCAGACCUCGCAGAGCGUGCUGAUGACAUUACAAGUUUAGUAACAGAUACUACACUUCUUGUACACUUUUUUGGAAAGAAAGGAAAAGCUGAGCUCAACUUUGAAGAUUUUUACAGAUUCAUGGAUAACCUCCAAACAGAAGUUCUAGAAAUAGAAUUCCUUUCCUACUCUAAUGGGAUGAACACUAUCAGUGAGGAAGAUUUUGCUCAUAUUCUUUUACGAUAUACAAAUGUGGAAAAUACAUCAGUAUUUCUGGAAAAUGUGCGUUACAGUAUACCUGAGGAAAAGGGCAUCACAUUUGAUGAAUUCAGGUCAUUUUUCCAGUUUUUGAACAACCUAGAAGACUUUGCAAUAGCCUUGAAUAUGUAUAACUUUGCAAGUCGUUCUAUUGGGCAAGAUGAAUUUAAGCGUGCUGUCUAUGUAGCUACUGGCCUCAAAUUUUCACCACAUUUAGUGAACACAGUCUUCAAGAUUUUUGACGUUGACAAAGAUGAUCAAUUAAGUUAUAAAGAAUUUAUUGGAAUUAUGAAAGACAGACUGCAUAGAGGAUUCCGGGGUUAUAAAACAGUUCAGAAGUAUCCCACUUUCAAAUCCUGUCUGAAGAAGGAACUUCAUAGCAGAUAAGUACUUCUGUAACAAAGUUCAAAGGAUUAUUACCUACAUAACAAAUGGAAGAAGCAAAAUUUUCAGAGAGCAGAAGUAGGUCUGAGAUCAGAACAUGGAGAAAUGAAGGAAAAGGUGAAAUGCUAAUUAUAAUUUUUUCUUGAACAUAAGACAGAUAAAACGCACCUUCUUAUUAACUACAAAUGUUAUGUGUUAUCAAGUUAAGCUUUUACCUUGAUUUACUGAACUCUGCACUUUUUCAUUCCUUUGAGAAGUAUAUAGAUACUUCCAAUGACUAUAUAAGAAUGUAUUUUAAGUAUUUUUUUAAACUUAAUAGAUAUCUGCUUCAUUUCAAAAUAAUAUGACUCCUGGAAUCUAAAUCACUUAAAAAUGAGCACAUAUUUUCCUUGGUUUUAGACUGUGAACUUAGUUCUAGGAAAUGAAUAUUCCUUAAGACUUAGCCUAGAGCCCUUAGAAUUAUUAAUAAAUCCCAAUUAUUUAUCAGUUUUUUAAUUACACUGAAAUAAUUUUGAAAAACAAAUAGAAAUUAAGCUACUAUAUAAUACGAUGGUUUACAUUGUACUUUUAAUUUUUAAAAGUACUUAAUUAACAUAUAUUGUUUGAAUCAUGAAGUUUUUUAAGUUUUUGUUCAUUUACCAAAGUCAACAGAAUGUAUUCUUUUCUGUAUACAGUAAAGAAACUUAAAAUGUAGGUUCUUUUUCUAAAAAAGAGUCAUAUAUUGAUGGUGGAAGCACUGGUAGUUGUAGCAGUAGUCAUUGUCAUUGUCAUUGUUAUUGUCUUAACAUGAUGCUGCUCCUGAUUGCAGAUGGUGUAUGUUGAUAACACUAGCAAAAAUAAUAUCUGACAACUGUACUUAUUGGUUGAUGUUAGUAUAUGUCUAUAGCAUCAAAAUGAGUACUAUAAAAGACAAAUAUAAAGUCGUUUGGAAGACUGAUGUAUAUAUUAGGUAGAAGUUAACAUUUUGUUUCUUACAAAAGGACCACAUGCAGAAGUGAUGCCCAACAGCCAGUAGUAACAAAUAGUAUGUUGAGAAAAUGAAAAUAGUAUGUCUUAAAAGAGAAAAGAAAAACUUAUAUUGAAAAACAAAAUUAGAUUUUCACAUGGAGAAAAUGAUUUGAUAGUACUUAAUGGAAAUCUGUUCAAAUAAAAAAUAUAAAGGGAUACAUAUGCAAAAAUAGAGCAUUUAUUUAUACAUUGCAUAUGGAAGAUAAGUUCAUUUAUCUUCUUUUCUAAGAUGUAUUUAUUGUAAAUUACACACACUUUAGCUGUUACCUUGCUUUUGUGUAUGAAAAUAGGAAAUACUUUGUUUUUAUAAGUUAUUAAAUGUGAAAUUGAAAAUUCUGCAUCAGCAUAUUUAUGGAAGUAAUGUUACUUCCAAGAAAAUAUUAUUAUUGGCAUUGACUAUGUAUUUGUUAGACUUUUUACAUUCUUUAUCUGAUAUUAUUUAUUAUGUUGAUUAAGAAAUAUGAUUCAUAAGUUUGAAGAUUCCACAUAGUAUAAUAAUUUAAUUUCACCUGCUUUGAAGGUUGACUCAAUUGAUUGACUAAAUUUAAAUGCCUCCCACUCAUUUGACAUGCCCCAGGUCUGUUUUACUUUAUACUGAGUGUUCUCAAUAUUUAUUACUUGCUAUUUUAAAUAAUUGUAAAAAUGCAAUUUGCUUUUAUCUUGACUAUAAGUCACAUGAUCUUGCAUACAUGGAAAAAUUCCUAUUUAGAACAGUUCUAUAAAUAUAGAUUCAAAACUGAAUUAGCUUGUUAAAAUUCUUUGUAAAUCUACCAUUCUCCCAAGGAAUACUACAUAUACAACCUUUAUUCUUUAUUGCUUAUCAGUGUGAGUGGAUAUUCAUUUAUUCAUAAGGCUAUAGCAUAUUAAAUAUUAAAAUGGGAAUAAGUGAAAUAUUCUGAUCAAUUAAAAUGGGAGAGAUUAGUAAAUUAAACAAUUCUCUAUUAUCACUCCUGAAAUUUAUCAUCUGUCAAAUGGGAGAUAAGUAUAUCUCACUGGAUUGUUGUUAAAACAUUGUUAGAAUAUUAAAAAGAUUUACUGCUUUCAGAAUAAUAAUAUUCUAAAUACAUGUAUGCUAUUCUCAGCAUUUCCUUCUGUAAUUUAAUAUCAAGACUCUUUGCAGGAAGUCUACAUGGUAAAAGAUUUAUGGUACAUUUCAGAGUAAUUUCAUAUUAAGAAAUUUAACUUAAGUUACAGUCUGUUGUUCUUAUUGUGAAAUACAAUUGUAAAGCAAUCUGUUCACAUUCUUAUAUUAUCUUAAAAUAAAUAUGCCUGCUCUUGAAUCAAAACACUUAGUAUAUUGCAUUUAUGUAUAUCUGUGGACUAAUGUCUUUCUGAAAAAUGUCACAUUCAAACUUCAGAAAUCUUUGUCGGUUAUCGAACACCCACUGACCUCAUACCCUGUGUUAUGGCAGUACAUGCCAGUAAAAAAUCUCCUCAACACUUUUGUAGGUAAAUAAAUCACAGAGCCAUAAAGCCUCUCAAAGUGUGUAAUAGGAAUUCAUACAAUACAGUAUUUUGGUCAUUGGUACUGGAAAGCUUUUCAGAAAGGUUACAUGUGACUUUACGGAGAACUGAUUGUGUAAAUGGCUUAAAAUAAUUAAACCAAUACUAUAGUAGACCCUGUUUUACUAAUAUUGGUAUUUUCUAGGCUUCAUCUUACUAAGAAAAUGCCUAGAAAUUUACCAGUUUUCAAGAUAUAUUAUCCUAAUUUUUAUAGCUAUACAAUACAUAAACAUUUUUACAUAGAAUUUUUACUUUCAGAGGAUGUAAAACU